GGAACGGACAAAACUGCAAAACUUCUUACGUCCAAUUUAUCGAAAAAUUGGACGAAGUAAACUCUUAUGCUUGGGGAGCUGCAAUGUUAGCAUACUUGUAUCAAGGUAUGAAGGAAUGGAAGACCAAAGAUAAGGCAAUUGACGGCUUCACAUGGCUUGUAAUGGGCUUCUUCUUUUCCCAUUUUAGAGGUCUUUAUACGAUCUUCAAUAUUACUGCGGAGGAAAAUCAGGCUCAUAAUAAGCCAAAACUGGCAUAUUUGAUAGAGUCACUUGGGAGAACCGGCGCAAACCACCACAAGAAGAUCAACAACGCAUUACAGUUGCAGUUGAAUUUGGUACAUGAGCUCCUGAGACAGGAGGAGAAUAUAGAAGCAGAUGUGAGACCCAUUACUUGGCAUCCAUACAAUUUGGAAAUGUUGCCCCCCCACCUACACGAUCAAAUCCAAUAUCGUACAGUCGUCGCCCCUUUAUUUUGCUACAACUAUGUGGAGCGUCAUUGUCCACAUGUUGUAGCAAAACAGUUUGAGGUCCUUGAUGGAGUUGAAUUACAAGAUGUUGGAUCUGAUAUGAAAACGAUAAAAUUCAAAGCAAAAAGAGGUGGUACAAUGGGAUGA